AUGUCAACCCCAGAGGAUGCGGAUGCAGGCGGUCUGCCCAAGUCGAGGUCAGAGCCGCAGCUUGGAGUCUCUGAAUUAUCCGCACGUCCAACACCAGGUGACUCCACACAUGCCGGCUCUGCGCUGCUUGAUGAGCCCGUCUCCUCAUCUGCGAACCAACCACUCUCUACACCUGGUCUCUCCCGUUCCGCCUCAUUCUCCAAUAGCUCAUACCACGAUGACUCCGAUUUCGAAGAUGCUGCCUUCUUCCCGCCGGUCGAGAAGCUCACCAUGUUCGACUUUGUCGAGAACCUCGCCCUAUCGCAGCGCAUCGAGAAGAUCCAGAAUUCCAUAGCCUCUCAGACGGAGAAGAUCAAGAACCAGGCCAAGAAUCGGGGCAUCACAAAAGACCGUGUUGUUGAAGAAUGGCGACGGAGAGUCCCGUCCGAAGGGGAGCAGCUUGAGAAGUACAAGAGGCGUAUGCGCCAUUCGGUAGAUCGCCUGAAUCGCCGCUGGAACGAAUCACUCACUGUCACCGCGCGCGAGAAGGCCUCUUUCAUCGCCGCCGUUAUGAACAUCUUUGUGUCAGGAUACCUGAUCGGCUGCCACCCGGACCUACUUCCACACUGGUACACUGCUCAGCUGCUCUACUUCAUGCCCCUCCGCUUCUUCACCUAUCACAAGAAGGGCUACCACUACUUUCUGGCCGAUCUGUGCUACUUUGUCAACAUACUACUCGUUCUGAGUGUAUGGGUCUUCCCGCAGUCUAAGCGCCUCUUCAUCGCGACGUACUGCCUUUGCAUGGGAAAUAACGCUGUCGCUAUUGUGAUGUGGCGUAACUCGCUCGUCUUCCACAGCAUGGACAAAGUGGUUAGUCUGUUCAUCCACAUCAUGCCUUGCGUCACCCUGCACUGCCUCGUUCACUUGCUGUCGCCAGAAUACCAGCAGGAACACUAUCCCGCCAUCUACGACAUCCGCCACUCCGACCCAUCUUCACCCCAUCACUAUAGUUUGCUGCAGAUGAUGCUGUGGGCCACUUUCCCAUAUGCUUUCUGGCAACUGAGCUACCAUUUUCUCAUCACGGUACGCCGUCGCGACAAGAUUGCCGCUGGCCGACCCACUAGCUUUACAUGGUUGCGGAAGUCGUACGCCAAAACAUGGAUCGGCAAGAUUGUCCUCUCGCUUCCCGACUUUCUGCAGGAGCCUGCGUUUAUGUUCAUUCAAUACAGCUAUGCUGUCCUGACGAUGCUACCCUGCCCAAUCUGGUUCUGGUACCGCUGGCCCUCAGGCCUGUUCCUUAGCGUCGUUUUCAUCUGGAGUGUCUACAAUGGCGCCACCUACUACAUCGACGUCUUCGGCAACCGAUUUCAGAAAGAGCUUGAGCAGCUGAAGAAGGAUAUGGCGAAAUGGCAGGCUUCGCCCGAAGGCGGUUUCACGCCCUUUACACCAAUGGAGGGUGGGAAUGAGAAGCAACUAGGUUAUAUCCCUCCACUAGAGGGCAGCACUGGCGUCAAGCCUGUGGAUGGAGAGACAAGGGAGAGGAAAUAG